GGCCACGAGGGGCCGCGGGCCUCCCCGCCCCCGCCCGGGCUGCCGCCGUCUGCUAGCGCGUGGUUCGUUUUUGGGAGCGGGGACCUGAAAAUGUCAAGAAUAAGUGGGCAGAGUCGCUAGGGCGAGUGACAGGCGAGCCCUGUUCUUUACUUCCGAGGGCGGUGUCAGCAAAGCUAGAGAGCAAGAGAUCCCACUUGAGAUCAGGGUGGGAGACAAACCCUUGUUAAUUCUCCAUGAGGAGCAGCCAUUAUCAAUAGAACAUUGACGGAACUUCGUUUGGGAAAAGGACUGAUGGCUCUGAGUCUAGGUUGGAAAGCACCCAGGAGCCGCUGUGGUCUCCUCCUGCAGGCUGUGCAAAGCAGUGGUCUUCUCUUGUUUCCCUGUGGCCGGUGUCCCUGGAGAGGAGCUGGAAGCUUUUCAGACCCUGAAAAAAAGGCCUUCCUGGAGGAGAACACUGAAGUCACCAGCAGUGGCAGCCUCACCCCUGAAAUCCAGUUGCGGCUUUUGACCCCCAGAUGCAAAUUCUGGUGGGAGAGAGCUGACCUGUGGCCCCACAGUGAUCCUUACUGGGCAAUCUACUGGCCAGGAGGCCAAGCCCUGUCUAGGUAUCUUUUGGAUAAUCCUGAUGUUGUCAGAAGAAAAUCUGUAUUAGAUCUUGGGAGUGGAUGUGGAGCUACAGCUAUUGCUGCGAAGAUGAGUGGGGCAUCAAGGAUCUUGGCCAAUGACAUAGACCCUAUUGCAGGAAUGGCUAUUACACUAAAUUGUGAAUUGAACCAACUGAAUCCUUUUCCUAUUUUAAUCCAAAACAUUUUGAAUUUGGAACAAGAUAAGUGGGACCUUAUUGUUCUUGGCGAUAUGUUUUAUGAUGAAAACCUUGCAGAUAGUCUUCAUCAGUGGCUGAAGAAUUGCUUCUGGACCUAUGGAACUCGAAUACUGAUUGGUGACCCUGGGCGGCCCCAGUUCAGUGGACACAGCAUUCAGCACCACCUGCACAAAGUGGUAGAAUAUUCACUUCCGGAGCCUACAAGGCAGGAAAACAAUGGACUGACAACAAGCACAGUGUGGGAUUUUCAGCCUUGAGUUGUCAAAGUGCUUCCAAGUAUGAAUAUAGUAAUGUUUGAAUUUGAUCCUAAAAGUUUUCUCUAUAGGAGAUACUCUCCAGGUUAAUAAAUGUAAUUCUCGUUAAAUGGCAAA